AUGGCAAGUGGAAAGCGUUUCACCGUCAAUCCGUUUCCAGACUUGGUGCUCACAGCCAAAGAUCAGUCUGAUCUCAUUGCUAUUGCUCAUGAACUUGUGAUGACCAAACUCCCAGAAUACCAAAAGCAUAUCAGCAAUCAAAGAUAUGUCGAUCAAGUCCGAUGGAAAAAGCUUCAAAGGGAUGGGAACACCAUGACGUACCUCGAGCGUAAGAAUGCGAGUCCCGAAACUAAACUACCGGCUUUACUUAUGGUCGGUCCACUUCCUGGAUCCCUCGAUGAAAACAUGUUUGGACUUGUAAGUCCAACACUUGAGGCGAUGCGCAUUAAGUCGUCGUACCUUAGAGAUUUUUACGAUGCUGCAGUAUUGGCGACGAUUGUUGAACCAAGUGUUGAGGAACCAUUUCGAUCGCUAGUCGUCAAAUGGAUAGAAAUUGAUGUUCCGGGUGCGUCUAUUGGUUUCGUACGUAAUCGUGACUACGUGUACCUUGAAAGUACAGGUAUCUUACGUCUUCCAAAUGGAGAACGUGUUGGGUACCACUUGCUGCAUUCCGUGAAUUUUCCGCAAACGCAUGAGCUCCCGAAUCGUGUCCGUGGAAAUCUGUCGUUCUGCGGAUUAUUUCAUGAAGAUAGUCUUGAUCGAACCGAUUGUUAUGGUACCGGGAUUAUGGACCCUCGUGGUGACAUGAUUUCAAUCCUUGGUGUCUUGGGUAUGGUACAAGUAACAAUGGCUGGACUCAAGUAUUCGUAUUGUGGUCAAAUGAAAAAGCUGACGUGGUUACUAGAACAAAAGCAGAUGGAAGCCAAAGAACAAAGCUAUAUAGUGCUCCAAUCCGAGUGUGUGACGUGCCAAAAGAACGUUAAAGGAUUCGUAUUUGGUAAAUCGCAUAAGACAUGUAAGCUAUGCUUUGGUGUCUUGUGUACUUCGUGUAAAAUUCCCAAGAAACUCAAUUUCAUUACUUUGGACCUCGAUAUGGUGCAGCGCAAAGUGACAUUUUGUGCAAAGUGUCUCAUUCAAGCAACUCGCAUGGACUCGGAAGAAGCUGCCCGAAUGCAGUUUGUAUACAAGUACCAAGUACAGUCGAAUCUUUAUGACUCGUCCGACUUUUCUUCCGAUGCAAGUUCGCGGUCGAACAGCUUCAUGAGUCUGCAUGCAUCUUAA